UCUGGACUUUGUCGUCUCUGUCCUCUCUCUUCUGCUCUGAUUGUUUUCAUUUCUCUUCUAUCAUGGGGCCAAAGAAACCAGAACCAAAGAAGGAAGAAGUGAAACUUUCUCUGGAACCAGAAUCUUCAAAGAAAUCGAACUUCGACCCGCACAGCAUCAAGAUUGAGUUCAGUGCAGAUCAGAUUGAAGAGUUCAAAGAAGCCUUCCAGCUGUUUGACAAAACUCCAGACAAUCGGAUGAAGAUUUUGUUCUCUCAGUGUGGAGAUGUGAUGAGAGCCCUGGGACAAAAUCCAACCAACGCUCAAGUCUCCAGAGUCCUCGGACAGCCCAAACCUGAGGAAUUGCAGAAUAAACUGAUGGACUUUGAGACAUUCCUGCCAAUUUUGCAACAUGUUGCUCAGUCCAAAGACAAAGGGACCUAUGAGGAUUUUGUGGAAGGUCUCCGAGUGUUUGAUAAAGAUGGAAAUGGGACGGUGAUGGGGGCAGAGCUGAGGCAUGUUCUGCUCACUCUGGGUGAGAGGAUGACAGAAGCUGAAGUCAAUCAGGUGUUGGCCGGACAGGAAGACGCUAAUGGAUCUAUCCACUAUGAAGCUUUUGUCAAGCACAUCAUGUCAGGCUGAGCUAAAGAGUUGGACGUCCGGCUGCCUUCCUUAUUGCUGUGUUCCAGACUAUAUUCUUUCUCUCUGAGAUUCUUAAUUUUUUUUCUGUAAAAACUUUUUUUUCUUUGACUUGCAUAUGGAUAGAGGGAUUCAAUAAAAAUCUAAAUUGUUAUAACCUUCAA